UCGUGUGUCCUGACGAGUGGGCAAAGAAAGCGGGUGGGCAGGCAGACAGGCAGGCUGAGAGGCAGGAAACAAGACAGAAAGAAAGAAGGAAAGGAAGGAUAUAGGAAAGAAAGGAAGCGCGUAGUGGCGCGUGUAAAGCGACAGUGGAGGUGGCGACGACGACGGCAGCUACGGAGGCGGCAGCAGCGGAGACAGACUCGCAACCGAUCGAUACGUCCGUCGACGACGCUGCCGCCGCCGCUGCCACCGCCACCGCCACCGCCGCCGUCGAAACUAGCCAUGGUGUCCAUGGCGGUCGUCGUGCGCGUUGUUGUGGCGCGGAGCGACGAAGAAGGCGCGAGUAAUAGCGAGGACGAAAGGUGGUGGUGAGGAGAGGAGGGUCUUUGAGAUUUUCGCGCGCGCGGCCGAGUUAGGCUUCUCCCGGAUCCGGCGCGUCCGGCGGCCCUUUCUCAGAGAGAAAAGAAACUCGUCGUCGUAGUUCGCCUUUGAAGUCUGUCACGGAACGCGCAGUGCACGAGUCGCGUAACGACCGACGAAAAGGACAACGUUGACGGAGACAGACGGAGACGACGACGACGACGACGUAGACGACGACGAUGACCGUCUCGAAUCGCUCGCGUGGGGCGUGGUGGUGGUGGUGGUGGUGGUGUUGAGAGAGAGAGCGUGUGCGGUUAUAGCCCGCGACGGCGGUCUCCCCGCAGACGCGAAGCGCCCUGAGCCCUCUCCCUGUGUAACACCGGGUGACCACUCACGGGACACACAAGGAUAAGGUGAUGUAAAAGAAUAUCUCAGGAUCUACAAUUACAUUUGUUGGGCCAUUGCAAUAUAUAAAAAAGUCAAAACGGGUGACGAAGACAAAAAGAUGGUGUCUCUGCCUAAUGCAGAGUCCGGCACAAUGGACAGAAUUUCUGAUGAUGAUGAUGAUGAACCCAGUAGUGGGUCUGAAACAUAUGAGGAUGGAGAUCUUUUGACAGCAGCCAUGGAUGAUGAUGUGACAGCCCAGCUAGCUGCAGCAGGUUGGCAAAUCAAACACGCUAAUGGUCCUGUUGGUGUAGCUGCAGCAGCUGCUAUUGUUUCUGCAAAGAAGAGAAAACGACCUCAUAGUUUUGAAACUAACCCCAGUAUAAGAAAAAGACAACAAAACAGGCUUCUACGAAAACUUAGACAAACAAUAGAUGAAUUUGCCACACGAGUAGGACAACAAGCUGUAGUAUUAGUAGCUACUCCAGGCAAGCCAAAUAGUAGCUACAAAGUUUUUGGGGCUAAACCAUUAGAAGAUGUAGUAAAAAAUUUAAGAAAUGUUAUAAUGGAUGAACUUGAAAGUGCAUUAGCACAGCAAGCCCCACCUCCUGUUCAGGAUGACCCAUCCUUAUAUGAAUUACCACCACUUAUAAUAGAUGGAAUACCUACACCUGUAGAAAAAAUGACUCAAGCUCAACUCAGGGCAUUUAUACCUUUAAUGUUAAAGUAUUCUACAGGUAGAGGUAAACCUGGUUGGGGAAGGGAUAGUACACGACCUCCUUGGUGGCCAAAAGAGUUACCUUGGGCAAAUGUUCGUAUGGAUGCACGUUCCGAGGAUGAAAAACAAAAGAUUUCUUGGACACAUGCUUUAAGACAAAUAGUAAUAAAUUGCUAUAAAUUUCAUGGAAGAGAAGAUCUUCUACCAGCAUUCAGUGAAGAAGACGAUAAAUCUACUGUAUUAUUACAACAGUCAACUCCUCAUUCCUCGUCUCAUCCUUCACAUUCGUCUAGCCAGGGUCAAAGUGGACAGUCACAACAACAACAACAGACGGUGGGAGUUGUUCGUCUCAGCAGCACGGAUUCAUCUAAGGGAAACUCUUCGCCAGCACAAAUCAUUGCAACAUCUCCCACAGCUCUUGCCACUGCCACUCAGAUGACGGCACAGUAUCCAACUGCAGUGUUACAGACAAUAACGAAUCCUGAUGGUACAGUGUCUAUAAUUCAAGUAGAUCCGAGUAAUCCUAUCAUUACAUUACCGGAUGGUACAACAGCUCAAGUUCAAGGUGUAGCUACUAUCCACACAAGCCAAGGAGAAGUUCAAGCACUCGCAGAAGUAGCAGGUGGUGCGGAGGGUACUAGUGUUGCUGUUGAUCUAAACAGUGUAACUGAGGCAACAUUAGGUCAAGAUGGACAAAUCAUCCUUACAGGCGAAGAUGGUCACGGAUAUCCAGUAUCUGUGUCAGGAGUAAUCACUGUACCAGUGUCUGCAAGUAUGUAUCAAACUAUGGUGGCCAAUAUUCAAAGUGAUGGUACUAUGCAAGUCGUAACACCGAUGGUUCAAGUACCUAAAGUUGAACCUGGAAAUGGGGAAACCAGUAUUGAAGCUGUCACAAUUCAAGGUCAUCCUAUGACAAUGAUAAAUGCAGCAGGAGAACAUCAAGUUCUUCAAGUGAUAUCGUUAAAAGACGCUAAUGUUCUUACCAAAGCUAUGCAAGCAGACGUAGUGAAAGAUGAAGAUAGUCAACCACAACAAACCGUGUCUAGUCCAGAAUAAGCAACAUUGUGCAUAAUUAAUAGACAAGCUCUAUUAAAUCCAUUAAAAUAAAUUGGCGUGUAAUGAGAGUGUAAGAAAAAGAAGUGAAAGAAUUGUAAGGAUUUGUAUUUGAAAUAUUAAGGCAGACAAUUGUGUCUUGAAUUCUUGUGCAGUGCAGAUUCGCUAACUGCUCUUCUAAAUAAUGAGUGUGUUUGAGUGUGUAAAUGACAGGUGCGUUAAUCAAUGAAUUAAGAGUUUGUAUUCAAAAUUUAUUAUAGACCUAUACAAUAUUUACCUGUAAUUCUAUUUCUCCAAAGUAGUACGACUUUUUGAAAGUACUACUAUUUAAAGAAUAACUGUAUCUUCAAAAAUUUUAUUAAUUGCUCCUUAGGAGAGAUCUUUGUUAUAUGGAAAAUGCAAUACACAUUUUCCAAUAAUAAGUACGAUAACAAUAUAUUUUCAUCUAGUCCUAGAAUUGGUUAGAACUGGCUAAACUCUUAUGGAUAUUCCAAAGAGUUAUAUGUUUUAUGUUAAAUUAAUUUAAUAAGUAGACAACUAUUUAUGAAAAGCACAUAUAUGAGUUUUUAACAUUAAGAUAAUAUUUUGAUGUUAAACUCAUCAUCAGUGUUAUAAUCUAUUUAAAAAAAAAUGGAGCUUUUAAUAUAUUGAUAAAAUUACAUUUUUUUAUUUAUUUUUGGGCAUAUUGGAAAAUAAUAUUUCAUAAAUGAUAAUUUCAAAAUCAUGUGAAAACAUAGUAUAUUGCAAAUUAAAAAAAAAAUUAACAAUCUGAUUUAGUGUAAAAAUAUAUAUUCUGAA